GUUUGUUUUCUACCUAAGUCAAUGUUUAAAUAAUGCGGGUGGAGUCGAAAGGAUUUGCACUUCGAGUGUGUGUGUUUUCUCCGUCUUUGCUUCUGUUUUGAAGCAUUUGUGAACUGUAAAUUAACUGCAAUGAUACCUUUACCACUGCUAUUUGCAGUGCCGCUUGUUGCAGCUCAAUUCCCAUCGAACACAUGUCCAACGGUAUCUUUCUCUGGCUGCGAGGCGGCAGUAGGUAACCCAAUUAUAGGCUUAACCUUCUACUGUACCUAACAAAAGGCGUGUAGUGCAAUAUUUUGUCUGAAACUCUCGGAUCCUCAGUCCAUUUCCCAGCCAACAACUCCGACUUCAUCGUCUGGGACGCAAAACAGCAAGAAGUAGUAUCCGCCUGCCGAGUAACCCCCACAACAUCCGAACAAGUCUCGCAGAUCCUCACCGUUCUGACCGGACAUUGGUGUCGUUUUGCCGUCAAGAGUGGUGGUCAUGCAAGAAAUGCUGACGAUUCGGUCUCGGCGGGGGGUGUGACGAUCGAUCUCGUUGAGAUGAAGUCUGUGGAACUCCUGGAAGACAAUACAAAGGCAACAGUGGGAGCGGGUCAUACUCUUGGAUCGCUGUAUACCAGUCUCGAGGCUCACAAUUUGAUGUUUGUUGGAGGGAGGGUCUUUGAUGUGGGCACGGGCGGUUACUUGCUGGGAGGAGGACUGUCUAAUUGGGCUCCGGUCUAUGGUUUUGGUACUGAUAACGUGUUUGAAUUCGAGGUGAGUCGUUUAUUGAGGCUAACUCAAGAACUCCUUGCUAACGAGCUACAUUGUAGCUUGUUCUCCCAAACGGAACUUUGACCAAAGUCAACGAUGUCUCGCAACCUGACCUCUAUUUUGCCCUUCGUGGUGGCAUGAACAAUUUCGGCAUCGUGACAAAGUUCACGGUUAGAGUCUUUCCCCAGGGACAGUUUUUGUAUGGCAACGUAAUGGGGCCACUUUUGGACAGCAGAGAUGCGGUGACUGAAGAGGCCUUCAAACUUACCACUGAGUGGAAGAACGACACCAAAAUGACGUUCUCAUACGGCUACAGGUACAAUGCAUCAAUGGACCAGUUCUCCCUGUACUUCACAGAAACUUACACGGAUCCGAUUAUGGAACCGGGACCUUUCCGAGGUCUCAAUGCUAUUCCGGGAGCUGACAGGUCGGGAUUGCGGAUUGAUGUAGCAAGUAGCUUCGCUGCAGACGGGGCAAGAGGUCGACCACCUGGAGCGCGGUAAGUAUCCGAAAUAGUAUUAAAGUCCAAGAUGUAAAAUGCUGAUGCACAACCCAGGAACUUGUAUGCCACAAUGACGUAUUAUCCAUCCGCAGAGUUAGACAGAGGCAUCCAAGACAUCUACGGCGAGGAAGUUCGCUCAGUGAGAGAUGCCACGGGCUUGUCGCCCAACCUGAUCUUCCAGCCGGUGUUUGAAGCCCAAAUCCGGUCUUGCAAGGAACGUGGAGGCAACGCUCUUGGAAUCGAAGCUGAUGGACCUCUUUCUAGUAUUACAUUUUUCAUCCUUUCAAACUUCGUUCCAAAGCUAACGAGUUCUAGUUGCCUUGCUCACCAUCGGGUGGUCGCAGCAGAAGGACGACCCUUCGAUAUACGCCCUUGCAAAGCGCUGGGUUGACCGAACGAAAGCCCUGACUGUAGCAGCUGGGAAAGACCAUCCUUGGCUAUACAUCAAUUAUGCGAGUCAGCAGCAAGAUCCUUUCGCUGGGUAUGGAGAGAAGAACCUUGAUCGCCUGAGGAAGGUUCAUCAAGAUGUCGAUCCAAUGGGUAUCUUCGGUUCGAGGGGACUUUGUAGAGUAUAUUUCAAACUUCUCUGA